AUGUUGCCGACUAGCAAGUGCCCCCAGUUGAUUGUCAAACUAUUUUACAGCACACGACUAGAUCACAGUGGUGCACUCCAUGCUGAAGCACAAGUUCAAACGCUGAUUUGUCUUGGAGUUUUGUCUUCAAAGAAACAGAAUUUGAGAAGACUGAUGGUUGCCCGACGAAACCAUGGGAGCUGCUACACAACCAUGGGAGCUGCUACACAACCAUGGGAGCUGCUACACUACCAUGGGAGCUGCUACACAACCAUGGGAGCUGCUACACUACCAUGGGAGCUGCUACACACCAUGGGAGCCAUGGGAGCUGCUACACUACCAUGGGAGCUGCUACACAACCAAGGGAGCUGCUACACUACCAUGGGAGCUGCUACACUACCAUGGGAGCUGCUACACUACCAUGGGAGCUGCUACACUACCAUGGGAGCUGCUACACAACCAUGGGAGCUGCUACACAACCAUGGGAGCUGCUACACAACCAUGGGAGCUGCUACACAACCAUGGGAGCUGCUACACAACCAUGGGAGCUGCUACACAACCAUGGGAGCUGCUACACAACCAUGGGAGCUGCUACACUACCAUGGGAGCUGCUACACAACCAUGGGAGCUGCUACACAACCAUGGGAGCUGCUACACAACCAUGGGAGCUGCUACACUACCAUGGGAGCUGCUACACAACCAUGGGAGCUGCUACACAACCAUGGGAGCUGCUACACAACCAUGGGAGCUGCUACACUACCAUGGGAGCUGCUACACAACCAUGGGAGCUGCUACACAACCAUGGGAGCUGCUACACUACCAUGGGAGCUGCUACACUACCAUGGUACACUACCAUGGGAGCUGGGGAGCUGCUACACUACCAUGAGAGCCAACCAUGGGAGCUGCUACACUACCAUGGAGCUGCUACACUACCAUGGGAGCUGCUACACAACCAUGGGAGCUGCUACACAACCAUGGGAGCUGCUACACUACCAUGGGAGCUGCUACACUACCAUGGGAGCUGCUACACAACCAUGGGAGCUGCUACACUACCAUGGGAGCUGCUACACAACCAUGGGAGCUGCUACACUACCAUGGGAGCUGCUACACUACCAUGGGAGCUGCUACACAACCAUGGGAGCUGCUACACAACCAUGGGAGCUGCUACACUACCAUGGGAGCUGCUACACUACCAUGGGAGCUGCUACACAACCAUGGGAGCUGCUACACUACCAUGAGAGCUGCUACACUACCAUGGGAGCUGCUACACUACCAUGA